AUGAUAGGUCCAUUCUCAUUUGUCCAUCUCAUUUUUGGAAUAGCCCAAUUUCUUGCAGGAAUUAUGGCAAAUGGAAUCAUUAUAAUAGUAAGUGGCCUUGAGUAUAUCAAGAAGAAAAAGGUGACUGCAUAUGACCUCCUUCUGACCAGUCUGGGAAUCUGCAGAAUUUUUUUGCAAGUGUUAAUACUUGUGAGCAAUGUGAAGCUUUUCUUGAUUAUAGAAUUAUGUAUGGGCCAGGGAGUCUUUAUAUUUUUCUUUUUCGUAAAUGAAAUUAAUCUUUGGCUUUCUACCUUCCUUUGUGUCUUCUACUGUGUGAAGAUUGCCAACAUUGUCCACCCCUUCUUCUUCUGGUUGAAGAUGAGGAUCUCUAGAUUUGUGCCAUGGUGGAUUCUGGCAUCAUUGCUAAUUUCAUCUGCCAUUUCUGUGUGCCACAACCUAUUGUAUUGGCCAGAGGCCAAAAAGGAGCUAAGAAAAAUUUUGGCAGGAAAUAGCACUACCCAAGAUCUUUUCCAGUAUAUGCUUCCUACUCAAAUUCUUGUUGUGGGUUUGGCAAUGCCAUCAUGCAUGUUCAGUGUUGCAUCGUUUAUGCUGAUCUAUUCUCUGUGUAGACACACCAGAUGGAUGAGAAACAUGGCAACUGGAUCCAGAGACCCAAGCACCGAAGCUCAUAUUUGUGCCAUGAAACUGAUAUUUUCCUUCCUUGUCCUCUAUACCUCCUAUUAUGUUGGGGUACUGGUAACAUUUUCUAAAUUUCCCAUAGGGAGUGAAUUUUUGCAGUUUCUUUUGUUCUCAGUGGCUGCCUUAUUCCCCUCUGGACACUCCAUCAUCUUAAUUCUAGGAAAUUCAAAGCUGAAGCAUUAUACAAGAAAGUUUCUGCUGUCUGCUAAGUGGUGUCAGGGAGGAGGUUCAGCACUAGACUCUACAUAG